CCACUCGGAGAAGCCGAUGUGAGCAUGCGCACUGCAUCGCCUCUAUGGGGACUGGGAGGACAUCACGAAAAAAAAACCGUAACGGCGGCACCACCACAAACCCCUACGCCGAGAUUGCGUCUCUCCGCUGCGCCGAGCCCGCGCCACCAUAGCGGCCCACGACUAUGCCCGGUGCGGCGCCAGAGAGCGGGACGACCACUUGAAGGGCCUACGGCGAGGUCCGCGUCGCUGCCGGGAGGGGGGGAAAUACAUUUGUUCGUAUGGGAGCAGCAUGCGGGAAAUGGUCGGAGGUUGCUGCGUGUGUUCCGACGAGCGAGGCUGGGCAGAGAAUCCGCUGGUUUACUGCGACGGACACGGCUGCAACGUCGCCGUCCAUCAAGCAUGCUACGGCAUCGUCCAGGUGCCCACCGGCCCGUGGUUCUGUCGAAAGUGUGAGUCACAGGAGAGGGCUGCGCGAGUGAGGUGUGAGCUGUGCCCCCAUAAAGAUGGUGCACUGAAGAGGACGGACAGUGGAGGUUGGGCUCACGUUGUGUGUGCACUCUACAUCCCCGAGGUGCAGUUCGCCAACGUCCUUACCAUGGAGCCCAUCAUCCUUCAGUUCGUUCCACAUGAGAGAUACAUGAAGACAUGUUACAUCUGUGAGGACCACGGCCGAGAGAGCAAGGCGGCAUGCGGCGCGUGCAUGGCCUGCAACAGGCAGGGCUGCCGACAGGCAUUCCAUGUCACCUGUGCUCAGAUGGCAGGUCUGCUGUGUGAGGAGGAAGGCCCAGAAGCCGACAAUGUCAAAUAUUGUGGCUACUGCAAACAUCACUACAACAAAAUGCAAAAGAAACUGCGCUCCAGUGAAAAUACGAGUAGUGCCUUCAGUCACUCCAGGGGGCGCUCGACUUCACCAACACAGGACAAACACCACCACCACCGGCAAAGGAAGAGUCAUAAGGACAAGAUUCGUCAGAAGGAGCGCCACAAGAAGACCUCAGACAGCUUGGUACCUUCCGUCAUGCCGAGCAGUAUAGACCCGAUCUCUUCCAGCCAUCACAGCUCCAAAGACAGUGAGGGAAAGUCCAAGAAGCCAAACUCACACGGUCACGGUCAUCACAGCAAGAAAACAGGAAGUACCGGCAAGAGUUGCUCCUCCUCUUCCUCUUCAUCCAGUCCAUUCAAUCCAGGUGGAUCCCUGUCUUCGGCUCAAGAUUUUCAUCAGUUCGCCUCAUCCCGUCUGGAGCGUGACCACAGUAGUGAGGAUCGCAAAGUGCGUCACAGGAGGCCAACAGUCCAGGAGGACAAUGGGGCACACGAAAAGGAAGAAGAUAAAGAUGAGAAGGAGGAAGAGGAUCGCAAAUAUCAUAAGCCGCCAGCGUUGACUCCCGCUGAAGGCCCACCUCCAGCGUCACAGGGUCAUGAUCGCUCAGAUGGAAACUCGAGCCCUUUCGAGAACAAGGUGACAAUUUCCACUUUUGGAUCCAUCAUGCGCAUCACGUCCACGUCCGCUCUGGGGAGCAGCAGUAAGAUCCGCAAGAUCUCCACGGGGGACUACAAACCCUCCAAGUCACUGUGCAAGCUCUCUCAGCUGAGCACACCGCCCAUCCCGGAAGAGGCAGACCUGGAGAGCAAAACCACCCCCCAGCCUCUGCCGCGAGAGAGAAGGCACCGCGGCAACAAAAAGAGUCGCCACGGUCCCGGUCGUCCUCGGGGCAGCAAGAACCAAGAGAGGAGAGAUGACGCGUAUCACCACCAUCAUCACAAUGCCACGCCGCCGCCUCCUCCUCCUCCUCCAGUCUACACCUCCUCGCUCUACCCGAGCCCGUCACCCAUUCCACACCCCGCCUUCCCUUCCGCACUGCCUACCACCACCACCGCCCCUUCGUCCUCAUCACUCCCGUCCUCCUCGGCGAGCAGUUUUUCCACGAGCCGUGGCAACUCGUUGCUUGGCUCAGGUAUCUAUUCCAGCCUUAAGAACCCUCUCACGCCGUGCGGAGGCAUCUGCAGCACCUCUGUCUCUCUGGGUGGGGGGGUGUGCAGCACCUCUUUGUCCCUGGUAGGGGGCAUGUGUAGCACUUCUCUCUCAUCAGGAGUCCUCCCGUCCCAUGCGCUCGCAGCCACCGCUGUUACAAACCCACAGGUGCAUCCAAGCUUCAGCAGUGUGACCUCCACACAACCUUUCACCAGUGGUCUCUCCACACUGCCACCUCUCCUCAGCCAAGCCCCGAUCACACGACCAGAGUCAGACCUUGAUGACUGUCACUUCCCAUGUCAGGGCAACUCGCCGAGGGAGAGUCUUUCAUCACAGUCUCCUAUGAGCUCCCUUCCCCUUCUGUUUGACCAGAGAGACGGAGUUCGAGCAUGUCCCGAGAACGUCCCCCAGGCAAGCUCCCACAUUGAGCUCCUCCUGGAGAAACAUGGCAAUGGUGAGAUGGGAGUCAACAUCGUGGAGAUGCUCCAGUCCCUUCACUCGCUGCAGCAGGAGAACCAACGCCUCCAAGACCAGAUCCUCAGUCUGACCGCCAAGAGGGAGCGGAUGCAGCUGCUCAACACAGAGCUGGCGGUACCUUUCCCUCGUGGUCAUUCUGUCCAAGGCUCUUUGCACACCGCUCCCCAGAUCAGCUUCCUGUCCUCCAGUCCAGACCCACUUAUCAGCAGUAACAGUGCGCUGUCCAAGAGCUGUUUCCUUAACGACACUUCCUUUGUUACCUCUUCUGAGGACCUCCACUCUGGUAGUCCGUCCCGCAGUAGCUCUUCCCUCUCCUUCCAGAGUACCCCUCCUCCUCAGCAAAGCCCCGCCUCCUUAAGUCAGCCCGUGCCAAACGGGCGAGCUGCGAGCGACAGUUUGGGGACAAUCAGUCAGGCUGGCAGCUCCACUCAGCCUGCGGCGGGGGGGCUGCUGGCAUCCCUCGUAGGGAGUCCUCAGCUGAGCGUGAACGGAGCGCUCAGCAUUCUAAACGGGGUGAUACAGUCUGCCGUCCAGAGCACGUCCCAGUCCACGCUCCCUGCUCUGCACCCCCAGCCGCCUCCACUCAACCCCCAGUCACUGGCACCCAGCUUUCAGCUUCCCAAGAGCGCCAGCCCGUCUUCUCUCCUAACCGAGCAGCAAAAGCAGCUGAUUCUGGAGCAGCAGCAACAACUCCAACAGUUCCUGACGUCACAGAACUUCACUCCGGAGCAGCAGGCGGCACUUUACCAAAUGCUCCUGCAGCAAAGGCACAGGGAGCUGCAGCGCCUCACGCUGGCAGGAGCCCUGACGUCCAUGUCAAGCUCGCCCAACCUCGCCCAGUCCUCAGUGACGACCUCCCCCCUGCAGGGCAGCCAAGGAGGAAACCACUUCGGUCUGCAGGAGGGGGCGCUUCACAAGCCCGCUGCAGGAGAGAAAGGUGGAGACAAGAAUGGGUGAUGCGCAUCUCCCAAUGCUCCCGACAUCAAAGGAAGAACUGAGGUCAUGUGACAUUAGGACGUUGUUUCUUUUAUGAAUGUACAACAGGAUGGACUCAAGGGUGAGAUUUUUGCGUGCAAGUCGUCUCUGACGUUUUUCUACAGGCAGCUUUCGGAGAGCACCGAUCCGAUGCGCUCUUCCCCAAUUGCACUAAUUUGUUAGCCCCAGUGACCUGCUUGUGUGGCCCGGGCUAAACUUUUAUUUUGAAGUAUAAUCUCGAGCACUGAUCCUUCCUGUAUAUUUUGCGUUCACAUUGCGGGGGGUUUCUCUUUGCAGCCUCGUACGUCUUCCUGAACGUCCGUUUUUCCCUAUAUGUUGCAUUUCAACGUGAACUAGAUAUUACCUCAACUUUUCCUGCCACCUUUUUUAUGGUGAUGUGUGGUUUCCUUUUUGGGAAAGCGUGUUUUACUACUGGAUGGAAACGGACGCCAAAAACGGCAGAGUCAAAGCACGCGGUUUUCCAGUUGCUAUGGAGAUUAACAGGAUGAAACCAAACAUUUAGAAGUGUGCACUUUGCAUGUUGGUAGCUGACUGAGUGACAGUAUUUAGUCAUGAAUGCAUAGGCCGCUCAGUGCAGUUUGGAUUUACGCAGCGAUUAGGCACUUAGGUUUUUAUGUUUCUGUCCAACAUAAUCUUUUCAUGUCUCGUUGUUCCUUUAGCAAUAUUGAUAGAUGAUGCCUUAAUGAUGCUAGAUACGCAGAGAAAACAUCGGAAAUCUUUCACUGUCUAUACUUUGGUCGUGUGUUUUUUUAUCCAGGGUACACAGAGACAUCUUCUCAGCCCGUUGUUACGUUUGAUAGAUUUAUCCAGAUGUAAUGUGUGAAGAACCUGAUAGUGAUAAGAGAACGUGUAUUUUCUAUGGUAUUUUUGUGUUCAGAUGCAAUGUUCUUUAGUUGUACGUGCUUUUGAGACGGACACGAUGAAGCCUAGCCUUAGCAAAGGCUGGAAAGCAUAAGGGACAUGUGUGUCAUUGCUUUUGGGUGGGUGAGGAUGCUUAAAGGGGUCCUAUCCUACGUUUGCGUGCAAAUGUUGUACAAAUAGACCCCCGCACAAUCACAAUUCAGUGUUUGUGACCUUGCAAAUUUGCCCAUUUUUGGUCAACAACAAAAAAAAUCUCAUUCACCUUAAGUGGGUGAUUAUAAAUAUGUGACUACCGUAAAUACUUUUUUCUUAAACUUACACCACGGUUCGGUUAAGCUCUUUUACUACCAAUUGUUUAAAUACUGUGUCGCUCAUGAGUCAAUGAGGAAGCGGUUGUUAUUUCUAUGGCAGGAGCCAAUCAUGAGCGAUCAGUGCACUCACAAAAGGCUGGUCAACACACUGUAGUCAGUGGAGGUCAGUAUAAGUAUAUAUAACACAACAUUCAUUGGGGCGCUGCAGUGACGUCAGGAUCCAUCUUUUUGCUUUGGGUUCGGGGUCCUCCAGCUCUCUCUGGUGGAUAGAAACAGCAUUGUAGCACAGUUUUCUACGCUCUCCUCCAAUGAAAUUGUUUCCUAAUGAAAUGCAUUUUGGGAACACUUUUUUUUACACAUAAAACUUGUAUUGAUACAUUUUUCUACAUUAUAAGGCAUUCGGAAGACACGCUCCAGUCACUAGGUGUCCGUAAUGUUACUGCAAUGUUGGUUGAGAUACAGAUGGUCAAUUUUGAUACCAAUGGUCUCAAAACAGUAAUCCUUUAACACAGGCUAAUGUUGCAGUUGUUACCCACGCCGAGUUAAAACUCAACUCCGAUCCCCCGAUGUCACUCGCUGCCCGCCCCCCAUCGGAACCCAUUUGCAGCAACACACACGACACAAAUGGGUUAUUUAUGUCUUAUAUACUAUUAUGUGUACUAUAUUUGGUAUUGUGAGUGUAAAUGUGAGUAUAGGAGUGUUAUAUUAUGUAUGGAGGGCCCUAAUCAUUUUUAAAAUGGCUCAUUUAUAAAUAAAGAAUCCUACGUUGCGGAAAUUCACUUAUCAGGUCAGGGACCAAUUCAUCAUGAUAAACGAGGUAUUGCUGUAUUCAUGAAAAGAAACAUACUAUAGUGUCCCACUGGGAUCCAAAUAUUUUGAAAAGCCGCUGACAUGAGCAGGAUAGGACCCCUUUGAAGGAAACGUUGCAGUGGGCCUGUAUUGGCAUCUUUGCUUACACCUUGCUCACAUGUUGCUUCCAUUCCAGUAAGCAUCACAGGAAGUGAUUGUUUUCUGUCUUUUUCUGUUUUGUGUAGCAAUCUCUCGUUUUUCUCACCUGUCCAGCUUUGAGUAUGAUCUCCUGCCGUGCUAGCUUAGUGGAUGUCAGAAAGCAACUCGUAGGCGAUAAAUACAGGAGGAGAAUGUUAAACGUAGUGAAGCAGAUAUGAGCCAAGGUGGCAAACAUUGAUCAACAAUUUAUGUGUUUUGGGAAUUCUGACAAGACAGUGGCUGUGUUCGACAGCGCAUACUCACCUAGUACUCAUACUAACUCUGAGUAUGCAGUGUGCCAUUUUUGAGUAUGCGAGAAGUUCCCGGAUGUAUACUGCAUUCGGCAGAAAUGUUGAGUAUGUAUCAUCAGCUUACGAAAAGUAAGGGGGGGGAUUUUUGUGAAAAUAACCAGAAGUGCUUUGCUCACUUUGGCUAGCUUAAAUUUUGCCGAAUUCGUCUGAACGAAAUUGUAAACAGUUGGUAUUUAAUAAUAAUAAUAAUACAUUUCAGAGAUGCUAUACGGUGAAUAAAAAAGGAAUACAAAUAUAGAAUUGAGUAAAAACAUAGUAAACGAUGCAUUAAAAUACAAUAUCCAAACAUUCAUUCAGAGCUAAAAACAAGGCUAAAAGCGGGGUGGGGCACAGCAGUCAGGUAUAAAAAGUUAGACAUUAAAAACGGAUAUAAACAGGUGGGUUUUGUACAAAUAAGUGGCAUACUCGGGUUCUAAACGGCCACUUUCUCGCCUGAUUUAAAAAAAAAAUCUCGAAGUGAUAUAUUUAAAGAGUUCAGAGCUUUAGAGUGAAAUCAGCUUCAGCCUGUCGAUUUCUGCACGGGUUGGAGCGCAAUGCAUUGUGGGUUAUGUAGGACACUGUCGUGUAAACGCUUUGCAUACUGUCCGAUGGAUUGGGGAUGCAGUAUGGAGUGUGGAUAGUAUGGGCAUGGAAGUAUGUAGUAGUUAGUAUGCAGUUUCGAACACAGCCAUCGUCCACUGGAAGGAGUUAUUUUUCUUUCCUAUGUUGCACUGGGGCACUGUGGGCCCACUUAAUCAUUUAAUCAUGUAAACAAAUGAUUUCUUGUUUAAUGUGUAGGACACAUGGUUCUUCAAAGCUUUGACAUAACGAAGAUAAACCAUGCUAUGAAUGUCGUAGUGUGUAUCUUACGUGUUACAACAUUAGAGCACCUGUCUCACAAUGAGGUAUGAUGGAGAACAAGUUACUUAUUGGAAUCAGAAUUGCAUAAGAUGCAGUGAGGUUUCUCAAAUGUAUUGAUAAAUACAAAGUUAUCGCUAUGCAUGAUUGUAAAUGCAUUAUUCCCUGGAGAAAGAAAAAAGUAAACAUUUUGAAUUAAAUGAGCACUUAAUUUGAAGAAGGUUGUCAUUGUACAGUGUAUUUGCUUGAGAGAAUUGAUCAAAAAUGAAUUUGACAAUAUUCAGAUUAAAUCCCUGUAAAGUAUUUUGAUAUUUUUGUGUGUAAAGUUAAAUGGAUGGAUGAAUACAGUUUUUUGUCAAUAAACGUAUUUUACUGAUUUGUUUCA